AGAAAUCCAAAAACAAAUCUUCAGAUUCAAAGGAAAUCUCCUUGCAGCCCAUCGUGGAUGAAGGCACUGCUGAGUCCGAGAAAAUCGACAAUGGAAGCAAAUCACCCAGAACAAUAUCAGGGAGUUCGGGUUUCUCAAUGCGCAACCGCAUGUCGAUGAAGCGGAUAUCGGCGACCGAUCCCAAGACGGCGAGUGUAAAGGAAAUAGAGGAGGAGACAGAGACAACCGAAACAGAAUUGGAUGAUAGGCCGCUCACAGGCGACGAAAUUAUGGAGACGUUGGACCUAAUGACAUACAUGGAUCACGGAUGGCCUGUGUGUGAUGCGUGCGAGGCACUAGUCGAAGAUGAUAUGACGGAAGGCAGAAAAGACAAGGGCAUGUGGUGUAGUCAGUGCCAGAAGUACUUCUACCAACGCAACUCGGAGGACGAAGAGUUUGAAGUUGCAAUACCCUCGCGUACAUUGCGAGCGACACACACGCAUCAAGGCGUCAGUUACUUGCAGUUAGAACCGAAUUUUAUCUCGAGAUACUUUUUCACCGCGAACGUGGUCGAACUAUUGCUUGAAAUUCAUUCUAAAACACGAACGUGCACGAAGUAUUUCGCCGAAUCAACUAGGAAAUUAUAGAGUUUGUACUGUACCGUGUGUGCGAGUGUAUGAAGCAUUUGCUUGUUUAACAAAAUUGUAUUGCGUAAAGGCUACGGGGUAACGUAUCGCCUCCAGUACUACAUAACCGUGUCGUCAGAUCUGCCAAAUAUCACACACUCGUUUUGUAAUAACGUUGUUGAGUGGUUUCUUUUGCUUAUUGCAAACGGGUAUCAGGCAGUCAUGGAUUUGAAUUUGUGACUAUUUACAUUGGCUGACAAAGUUGUACUUAAGAAAACAUAUCUCGUCGUGGAUCCGAAUCUCCCACCCGUGUAUGCGAAUUCGAGUACAGUCAUCUUCAAAUUAACUCAUCCGAACAAAAUCAUCAGACCUCCAAGUUUGUUGUUUUAACUCGCAUUUCUCUCAACUAUACAUACAAUUCGACAGAUCCCAAAUAUUUGUCUUGUAAACUGCUAUGUACAUACUUCCUAUUUUACUCAAACAC